AUGGAAUCUCGCCAGGCCUGGACACCCAAGCCAUGGGUCGCACCUGGUCCAGGGGACUCUCGCGGGCCUUGUCCAGGUCUCAAUACUCUGGCCAACCACGGCUACCUCCCUCACGAUGGAAAAGGUAUUACGCUGUCCAUCCUUGCGGAUGCUAUGUUGGAUGGGUUCAACAUUGCGCGCAGCGACGCUUUGCUUCUGUUCACGCAGGCCAUCAGGACCAGCCCUCAGUACCCUGCCACGAACAGCUUCAACCUACAUGACCUUGGCCGUCACAACAUCCUGGAGCACGACAUCAGCUUGAGUCGUUCCGAUGCAUACUUCGCUGACCCGAACCCCUUCAACGAAACUGUCUGGGCCGAGACAGCAUCGUACUUCACCACACCCAUGAUCACCGUUGAACAGGUAGCCAAAGCCCGGAUGGCCCGUCUGGCAACCUCAGAGCAGACCAACCCCGAGCACUCUCUGUCCUUGCUGGCGGAUGGUUUCAGCUGGGGCGAGUGUGCUUCCUUCUUUGAGAUCAUGGCUGAUGGGACGACUGGUACGGUGAACAAGACUUUUAUCGAGUACUGGUUCCGAAAUGAACGCAUGCCUACUGAGAUCGGCUGGCAACGACGGCCGACCACUAUGCAGUCGUUGGAGCGUGUGAAGUAUACCCGGAUGUUGGAGGAGGCUGCCGGUGUUAGCGGUCUUGUUCGUCGAGAUGCGUACGGAUAUCCGUUAUUUCACUGA